AUGACGACGACGAGCACCAUCAUCAUCAGCAACAACAUUCCUACUACCACCAACAACGCCUUAAAGGUGCUCAAAAAGAGUCGUCGGCCGACGACGACGGCGGCGUCUUCAUCAUCAUCGUCGUCGACUUUUAUCCUAAAGAGCAGCAAGAGUAAAAGCAAUACUAAAAGUAGCAGAUGCAGAGGUGGCGUACUAUUAUUCGACUCUUCUUUGUUGUCUUCUUCUUUAUCGAAGAAGUGUAUGUUUCCUCCUCGUCGUUUAUGUCGUCGGAGAGCUUACUCGCGGUUGUUGGCAAAAGUCUCCGCGACAAAGCCACCACAGGGAGGAGGAGGAGGAAACGAAGCUAAGAAAAACAACAAGAACUAUCGGUUUACGAUUUUAUCCUUAGUCGCGCUGGCGUUACUCUUGUGCAACGCGGACCGAGUGAUCAUGUCCAUCGUCGGUUUACCCAUGUCUAAAAUGAACGGCUGGGACGUUAAAGUUUUGGGUUUAAUCCAGUCGUCUUUCUUGUUCGGGUACGCGUUGACGCCGAUAUUCGGAGGAGUUCUGGCGGAUAAAAUAGGCGGAGCGCGAGUGUUGUUGGGAGGUUUAUUGGUUUGGUCGUUGGCGACGAUGGUGACGCCGUUGGCGGCGUCGACGAAAUCUAUUCCUUUAUUGUGCUUGUGUCGCGUUGUGAUGGGUUUAGGCGAAGGGGUGGCGUUGCCGUGCAUGAACAACGUGGCCUCGCGGUGGGUGCCAAAAUUCGAACGGUCGAGAGCCGUGAGUUUUUGUAUGGGUGGGUUUCAAAGUGGAUCGAUGAUUGGUUUGUUAGUCGCGCCGUUGUUGAUGUCGAGGUUUGGAAUAGCUGGUCCUUUUUACGUGUUUGGUGCGAUUGGCGUCGCGUGGGCGGCCGUUUGGAACGCGCGCGCGACGAGUUACCCUCGAGCGAACGAAAGGGUCGGCGAGGAGGAGUUGAAAUUUAUCGAAGACGGCGGGGCGAUUGUUGAUCAUCUUCGGAGCAGUAGCAGUGAAAGCAGUAGUAGUAGUAGUGGGAAAGAAAUAGAUGAUGAAGUAGUAGUAGUAACAGGAGUGGAGAAAAAGACAACACCGUGGAAGAUGUUACUGUCGCAUCCAGCCACUUGGGCGUGCGUCGUCGCCAAUUUUGUCAACAACUUUGGCUUUUUCAUUCUGUUGGCGUGGAUGCCCAAGUAUUUCAACGACGUCGUAAAACUCAAUUUAGCGACGAGUUCGUGGUUCUCCGCGUUACCAUGGGCUACCAUGGCGGUAAGCGGCGUAUUUGCGGGCAUUUUAGCCGAUAGAAUGCUUUCCGAGUGGAAAGUCUCCACGGCGACCACUCGCAAGUUCAUUCAAUCCGUCGGCUUUUUAGGUCCAGCUUUAUGUUUGCUCGUCUUAGGUCUGAAAGGUUUCGCAAUCACGCCCGGGUUUGCUUUAACGACGUUAACCGUCGCCGUUGGGUGCACGGCAUUUUCUCAAUCCGGUUUCCUCGUCAACUUUGCGGAGAUUGGACCGAAAUAUGCGAGCACUAUUCACGGCGUCGCGAACACGGCCGGGUCUAUCGCCGGUAUGGUAGGCACGUACGUCGUCGGUUGGAUUCUUUCGCGUUCGGUGGAGAGCGGGUGGUCGAACGUCAUGUACAUGACGUCUGCGACGUACGUCGUCGGUGCCCUCGUCUGGCUCGCGUUUAUGAGCGGCGAGCAGGUGUUCUUUUGA